GAGCUCGAGCUGCCCCCAUAAAGGGGGUUACACGCCGGUGGACCUGAUCCGACCCAAGACCCUCACGAAAGACCAUCGGCCACAUCUCUCGCUUUGUUCUGAACAUUUCCGCCCACACGACGAAUUCUCUCCACGGUCUGGCCCUGUUUCGCUGUCCUUUCUCUGUGUGACGGUCACCAUGUCGUUUCGACUUCGUCUCUGCGAGAUUAUCUCUGUCGCUCAUGAAGCCCCUGUGAUCAAUCCCAAGGGGAACUCUUCUCGGUGGGAUGUCGAAGCCAAGACGAGCUCAAAGUGUACACGGAUUACGCUCAAGGACCCUUUUGGACAAUCGAUUGAGCUCGGUGAGGAUCCAGAGAAAGCCUUGAAGUGGUUUCUUGAGAAUUACGCCAGUGAGCCAUUCGAAACUGCUAGGGCCGACCUCGCCACAGAGCUUCUCUCAAAUUAUGGCCGCGAUCUCGCUGCACAGAUUGUCAAAACUGGCCUACUUCCCAAAAAUGGGAGCAUCCGUCUAGAAAUUGCGUCUAAAGAUUCCGGAAUGGGAACAGACCCGAACCGCGUGGAGACGACACUUCAACGGCUGCAUUGGGAAGUCCUUGAGGACACAAAAAUCUGGUCAUCCGGAUACAGCUUCAAUAGUGUAAGCGUCAUUCGAUCUGUAGUCCAGAACAGUGAGCAAGACGAAAUUGGGGCCGGGUCCUUCCAAGGAAUGAAAUUCAACAUUCUCUUAGUUGUCUCCCGCCCAGGAAAACAGAAAGAUGUCGACUACCAGCUUGUUUCCAAGUCUUUGGUGGCUAUCGUUGAUCACGUUUCCAAGACCAGGCCUGAUGUAAAGGUUUCGCUCACAAUUCUUCGUCCGCCGACAUGGGUGGCAUUUCAGAAAGAAUUGCAAGACCAUAACUAUGACUUGGUUCACUUUGACAUGAAGGGUAGGAUCCGGAAAGCUUCCACAGGUCAUACUUCAGCUGGUCUCGAGUUCUGCAAACCCAAUCAUCUGGAUUCCCUCAAAAUGACAAAGGAUUUCCGAACGGGAAGUGAGAUCGGCAAGGAACUCGCUCAAGGUGGCGUCAAAACUGCCAUCCUUAACGCCUGUGAUUCUGCGAGCUUCGAAGCCUCCAGUCCUGAAAGCAAUCUGGCCGAAGUUCUUCUGCGUUAUGGCACUCAACACGUGCUUGCGAUGGCCUAUAAGGUGGUGGAGGAGGCCGUCGAGAUAUUUAUGAACGCAUUCUACCAGUCCCUGCUCGUCAAUAAAGCUUCCGUGGAAGAGGCAUCAAGGAUAGCACGACUGGCACUGAUCAACAAUCGGCGAAGACGAGCAAUGUCCAUGUACAAUGUGAACCUUUCUGACUACAUUAUACCUAUAUUUUACACCUCCUUCACAACCCCGAACCCUCACAGCAAGGUAGAGAAUAGCAAGUACGGCAGCAGCAUCUCAUCAUACCUUGACAAGGUGUUGAGCUCGAUCAAAAAUCUGUCACCUUUCGAGCAACUAAUAACCAAAGCACUUCAGUCGGUCGACCAAGCCCUGAUUGGCCGUGAUAUCGAUGUCCUCUCCCUGGAGUUUCUCCUAUCCACAUCACGACUGGUCCUUUUGCACGGCCAAGGUGGUUGCGGGAAGACAGAGUUCCUUCGCUAUGUUUGUCAGUGGUGGAAAGCCUCUGGGUGGAUCAAUGGGUCUGCAUACAUCAACUUUGCUGAAGACCAUUUGCUUUCGUGGGGAGAAUAUAUUGAACAGAUGUGCAUCCAACUUGGCCUUGACUUCGAUGAACCCUCAGAGGCGGCGAUUAUCGAUAGACUAAGGAGCGGGAAGUAUCUUCUAGUUUUUGACAGCGCUGACGCCUUUGAAUCGCCGCUUUAUCUCGAGAACCCCGAUGACGCAGAAGAGAUGGCAAGAUCACUGAGAGCGCUCAUCGACAAUGCAACAAGCGAUGGAUCAAUGGCGAUUGUGGCGUCUCGACUUGCAAACACCCAGGUUGCGAACGUUACCUCAGAGCGCCAGAAGUUCCAUCUAUCUGGCCUCUCGGUUCUCGAUUCCGUGGCCCUCCUGCAGCAGUUGGCCUUUGACGAGAAAACCAAGCCGCCCGAAAUAUACCAUCGCCGGGACAAUAUCGACUUCCUGCGUCGUGUUGCUAUCCUUCUGGAAGGAAACCCAACAGCUAUCCAGCUGAUCGUGCCUGCGUUCAGCAGAGCCGGCUACAAUGGAGAAGCUCUCUUCAAUAACCUUCUGUAUGAUAAGAUAGAAGAACCGGCGGAGGAUAUAUGGAGUCGGUCCCGCUUUUGUACCUCUCUUUCCAUCGCCCUGGCCCUUCCGUCCUUCAUCAACUUCGAUGACACGAUGAUCCAGACGACGCACUUUGCGCCUUUCUGGAACAUAAUGCCCAAAGACCUGAAUUACUACUACUGGUUCUUUUAUCUUUUUGCGUCCAAGUAUUUCCAGGAGGCAUCAUAUGCCAAUUGGAUCUCAAAGGAGUGGCAGGACAUUGUGAACAACGGCCAGAUGGCUCGUAACCUGCGAGCCUAUUGGCCCGAAAUUGAGUCAAAAUUGAUCCGCGUUGGCAUCCUGCAGCAUGCUGCCAUCACGCGCCGCGAUGGCCAGCAGGUACCUUGCUACCACGUAAAUCCAGUCUAUACCUUACUCGGCCGGACUGCAGUAACCAAGGGAGCCUGGAAGGAAGCCAAGUUUGCUUAAGUCCGUCAGGCGCUGCUUUGGACACCCUCAAAACCUUUCGCGGACGACAAGUAUCGAAAUGAAUGGACUGGUGUAGUAUGGGAUGGGAUGGAACAACACGAGGACCUUCUCCACAACAGGCACGCGCAAGGUAUGGGCUGGGCAAAUCAGGACGGUGAACCGGAAGAGCAGGUCAAGCGCAUGGGUGUCACCUUGUUCUCCCUCCAUUAUGGCGC